AUGUAUACAAUAAGAAUAUCUGAGACAAGAGAUGGCGGCCAUUUGAUCGCUCGAGAUGUCACUGCAUGCUUCAUGCGAUACGAUAACCGAAUGGAUGUGCUGAAGGUGAGAACCAUUUUGAUGAUGCAGAUAUGUUUCAGUUGGUCAUUGUCACACAACAUUCUAAGGAAGUUUAUGUUGAGAGCUUAUAACCGUGACAGUUCGGAUUUCUCAUCGAGAUUAUUAGUGGAACAUUUAACAACAGCAUUGUUAACAUUCAGAAUUUUCAAGCGGACGAAUUGGCGCAAAUCUCAUCGUAAUGUAUCUACUGAUAGUUAA